AUGAAGAGUCCAUUGGACUCUCGGAAUUACAGGGCCUUGACCCUGCAGAAUGGCAUGAAGGUCUUGCUGGCUUCCGACCCGGAGGCCAUCAGUGCCGCUUGCGCCCUCUCGGUGCAUCUGGGAUUCUACUCAGAUCCCGAAGACCUGCCAGGCUUGGCGCAUUUCUGCGAGCACAUGCUUUUUCUGGGCACCAAAGAGUACCCAGAGGAGAACUCCUUCGAGAAGUUUCUCACUGCCAAUUCUGGCAGCCAAAACGCCUUUACAACGGAAACAUGGAUGGAUGGUGGGCAAUGA